AUGGAGCUCUAUCGGCACUCACACCGUCGUGAGCUUGGCCUGCAGGUCCCGCGUCGUCCGGGGUGCUUUUUGUCAUCACCCAAGAGCCUGACAAGUGGCAACUCCUUCACUGACACUCCAUUCUCGCCGCCGGGUGAAGUGGCGAGCUUUGUGCCGCGUGACCUUCUGAGAGGCGUGGAGGUGUGCGAGGAAGAGGAAGAAACAAGAGAUGUAGCAGGACAUUGCUACGCGGUGCUCUCCACUGCCGCCGCCGCCGCCGCAUUUCGAAAAAAACCGCUGCAGGCAGCCAUUGUCGGCAACACUGCAGCAGGGAAGACGAUGGUGGUGCGGUGGCUGUGGGCUCAAAGCCACGGCUGCGGCAACGCUGGCAUGCUGCGUGAAAUCGAAAGGUGGUUCCGGCGCGGCGGUGGUAGCACUGUCACUGAAGAGGUGGAAGACGACAUCGUUAGUGUUGUUCUGCAGUCGCAGUUGCAGUUGCCUUUGCGGUCACCAUCGUCAAAUGACAGGACGAUAGGAAGCAUUGACGGGACGCAACGUGUGAAGUUGACGGCGUAUGGAGAGACUCAUGUUUUUCUCUCGGACGACGCGCGGUUUCUUGUGCAGCCAUCAACAGCAGUCAGUGAGGCGGUGAUGCAUGUGGUGGACUGUGGGGUGUCUGUGGCGGUGCGCGUUGUUGACAUCCCUGGGUGUUCGUCACGGGAGUUGCUCCGCACGCAAUGCAUGGAGGCAGAUGUGGUUAUAUGCACCGUUGACACGCGCGACCAGUUCAGCCUGACGUGGUUGGAGGAGCGACUCUAUGUGAUACUUGCUGGUUCAAGGGCGGAUGAGCACACGCAGACUGCUGACUCUGUCGCAGCGCAGUGUACUCACCAGCACCGGAGGCAACAGUUUGUUCUCUUGAAACUAAACGAAGGCUCACCACAGCAAGUGGUGUACUCGCGGGAUGUGCAGUAG